CUGGAUGAUUUAGUACGCAAUGGAACGUUGGUCGAGACAAGUCGCGCUCGUCACCGGAGCAAGCAGUGGNAUCGGCGCGGAGAUCGCGCGAGCACUCGCCAUAAAAGGAAUGCAAGUUAUCGCCGUCGCGCGACGAGUGGACAGGCUGCAAGAACUGGCCGCAGAUGUUCAACGGAAAUUCAACGCGAAAUUACAUCCCAUGCGAUGCGACGUUCAAAAAGAAGAAGAGAUUGUCGAAGUGUUUAAGUGGGCAGAAAAACAUCUAGGUGGUGUUGAUGUUUUGAUUAACAAUGCUGGUGUCAUCUCGACGGUGUCGCUUUCAGAGGAAUGCACGGACACUUUGCAAAAAAUUUUGAACGUAAACGUGCUUGCGCUGGCAAUUUGUUCGCGCGAAUUUAUUCAGUCCGUCAAAAAACGGAAAGCAUCGGGUCACAUCAUUAAUAUUGGCAGUAUAGCCGGACAACUUGUAGAAAUGAUGCCAGUAAGCAUGAGUUUAUAUCCUGCUAGUAAAUAUGCAGUAAGAGGUAUGGCAGCAUCCUUACGCGGUGAUUUGGCAAGAGAAAAGUUAGACGUAAAAGUUACGAACAUAAUUCCCGGACCGGUAAAAUCGGAGAUGAUAGAUGAGUUCGGUAAAGUAAAUUUCGGUCCUGUUUUGGAGGUCAAGGAUAUUGCGGACACGGUCAUUUAUAUCCUGAGUAUGCCGCCUCACGUACAGAUAUGGGAUAUAACACUACUUGCUCACAACCCAAACGAGGAACCACCUUCAUCUUAAUUCUUUCGAUACAGAACUGCGCAAUAAAAAAUUAAUAUGUGCUAACAAAUAGAAAAAGCUUUGUAAACGAGAACUUUUGAAUAAAACUUGGU